AUGAAAUAUGAAUUUGUUUUCAUCGCCACACGUGUCAUCCAAGGGCCUCAAGGUCAACAAAAGGCCCCAUCCAAACAUGAGAAGAACAAGAACAACCUGCCCCAGGACUUCGACAUCGACAUGGACAACCCGGAGACGGAGAAGGCCGCUGUGGCCAUCCAGUCGCAGUUCAGGAGAUUCCAGAAGAAGAAGCAGGAUGUGAAGUCGUAG